CGUUUAAGUUGCAAAGUCGCGCAACAUUCUCUGUUUCCCGUUUGUCUUUGUUGUGAUAUUUAGAAUUUUUCUUUCUGAAAAUGUAAUUAAUAAAUGACCAAAUUAAACCGCAACUUCUCACGCGAGUCCCGCACAGCUUCGCGAGUUUAGGAUCUUAAAUUUCGGGAAUCCCGCUAACGGAAGCCAGCUAGCUAAGCUUACAGGAGCUAACUGUAGCUAGCAGCUAGCUACGGUUUGUUGUAUUUGUUUUAUUUUGAGAUCAAAACAAUAAAAUAAUAUAUUUUUUCACCUGAGGUUCAGAAAUGACAUCAGCAUCUGCUAAGGUGGGCGAGAUCUUCUCAGCAGCUGGAGCUGCUUUCACCAAGCUGGGAGAGCUGACCAUGCAGCUCCACCCAGUGUCCGACUCCAGCCCUGCAGGGGCCAAGUGGACGGAGACGGAGAUCGAGAUGCUGCGAUUGGCUGUGCGUCGGUUUGGAGACGACCUCAACAACAUCAGCACGGUGAUCAAAGAGCGCACAGUAGCUCAGAUAAAGAGCACGGUGAAGAGGAAGCUGUAUGAGGACAGCCGGGUGCCCAUUUCCUCCGAGUCCCCCAAGAAGAGUGUCAAGAAAACUCCAGUUGCCAUGACGCCUACCCCGGCCCCCGCCGCGACCGCCAUCAUUUCCGUGCCGACCUCGCAGGUUGUGGCUUCCACAGGAAUGCAGAGCAGCCCCUCCCUGGCCCCGCCCAUCAAGAAGCAAAAGACAGCAGACGUGACGCUCAGCGCUCUGAACGACUCGGACGUCAACAGUGACCUGGUGGACAUUGAAGGCCUCGGAGACGGCUCGUCCAAUAAGAAGCUGAACUUUGAUCAAGAGAGCCUCAACCUGGACUCCAGCCUCAUCAUGAACUCCAGUGACCUUCCCCUCCUGUCUCGCUGACCUCUGACCUCUCCAGAGCCGCCUCACUUUCUCUUAUUUUAUUUUUUUUCCUGAUGAAGCUCGAGUCAGACUUUUCUUCUGUUGUAGUGACGCAGAUAUUUUUUUUAUUUUCAGUGAGUUUUAGUUUCAGGGCAGUUUGUGAGCGUCGUUAUCAUGAAGACAACAUUUGCCUGCAGAUACUCAUGUGCAGACUCACCUCUGACCUCUGAGCCUCCAAAUUUGACCCCACCCCUGACUGUGACCUUCACCGCCCACCUGAAUCUGCAGGACGUGGUGCCAGCGGCCAACCUCCACCUUCAGAGUAAACAUGAUUUGAUGGUCGGAGGUUCAGCGCUCUCCUGGAUGUGUGAACGCCACUACACAGUGUGUGGCCCCUCCCACACCAGCAUUAUGAGCGCUUACCAGCAUCAUCACUACGAUAACAAGCCGACCAAAAAGGCGGUCGUGAUUUUUCAUGAUUGGCUCGUUUCAGUGUGAAGCUCUGAGAGGGUCGACUCUGACCCCCACAGAGGCGACCACCGCUCUGAAGCUUCAGUUUGCUCUGACCCGGCAUCCUGCUGAGCUCUGCUCAUCGUGCUGACAUCAUCGCUCGUUUACAACUUCCUGUUCAGAGGGCGGCUGUCAACUGGCUUUUUGAUGAGGUGGUGUGGGUGGAGCUUCAAGGCUCAGAGGGGCUUGAAAUGACUUGGCACAUGGGGUCAGGUGACAGGAAGUCUCCUUCAGUCGCCUUAGGGUAGUGGACGGCAACCAUGACGGUAUCCGCAGCGAGCUUUGUGACCUCAUCGCUGAGCGUCUGAUGUAAAAGGAGUUUGAAUUAUAUUGAAUAAACUUGACUCACAACUGUU